AAACCCCAAUCCUUCGAGAAGAACUUUUUCCAGAAAGAGAGAGAGAGAGAGAGAGAGACAGAGAGAGGCACCGAAGCACCGAAUGGAUGCGGAGAAGAUCAUAGAGGUGGAGCAAUUCAUCAAGCAAUGCAAAUCCAACCCUUCACUUCUCCACGACCCUUCCCUUGCCUUCUUCAAGUCGUAUCUCCUAAGCUUGGGAGCUCGAAUUCCGCUACAACCAAAAACGGAAAAAGGUGGUGACAAAAUGUCAGACACUAAGGAACAUUUUGAUGCCAAAAAUCCAUCUACAUCGACUGAGGAUGAUGAUGAAAUUGUUGAGUCUGAUAUUGAGUUGGAUGUUACUGAUGUUGUGGAGCCUGAUGAUGAUCCUCCACAAAAGAUGGGAAACCCUUCAGUUGAAGUUACAGAAGAGAAUCAGGAAGCUGCACAAAUAGCAAAGUCAAAAGCUAUGGAUGCAGUUUCUGAAGGUAAGCUGGAUGAAGCCAUAGAUCUUCUAACAGAAGCCAUCAUGCUGAACCCGACUUCAGCAAUAUUAUAUUCAACUAGAGCUAGUGUCUUUGUCAAAUCGAACAAACCAAAUGCUGCAAUCCGUGAUGCUGAUGCAGCUUUACAGAUCAACUCUGACUCAGCAAAAGGAUAUAAAGUACGAGGAAUGGCAAGGGCCAUGUUGGCCCAGUGGGAAGAAGCAGCAAAGGAUCUGCAUGUAGCAUCAAAGUUGGACUAUGAUGAGGAGAUCGGUUUGGUGCUUAAAAAGGUUGAACCCAAUGCCCACCGACUCGAAGAGCACCACAGAAAAUAUGAACGUCUGCGAAAGGAAAGGGAACUUAAAAAAGCUGAACGUGAGAGGCAAAGACGGCAAGCUGAACAGGAUCGAGAUGCGUUAUCUGCGUUAAAGGAUGGGGAAGUUGUUGGCAUUCACUCUGCUAGUGAACUGGAAACGAAGUUGAAUGCUGCUUCAAAGACAUUUCGCCUGGCAAUCCUGUACUUCACUGCAACGUGGUGCGGUCCCUGCCGUGUCAUUUCUCCUCAUUACACAAGCUUAGCUGGGAAGUACCCGAAAGUUGUUUUUCUGAAAGUUGACAUAGAUGAGGCCAAGGAUGCAGCUGCACGCUGGAAUAUUAGUAGCGUUCCGUCCUUUUUCUUUAUAAAAAAUGGCAAGGAGGUGGACAAGGUUGUUGGAGCAGACAAAAGUGCACUUGAAAAGAAGAUUGCACAGCACGCAAGCUAGAUGUGACCUAAAUCUUGAUGAGAAUAUGAAUUCUGUUGUUUCUUGCUCUUGCCUUCUGUGUUUGGUUUUGUCUACUAUGUUCUACAUGGAAGAUAUGUCUGUGAAGUAGUACUGAUUCCUGUUAAUUGGCUUGUUGAGUCGUGUUGCUUCAGUUAUAGCACUAAUAAGUUUGCUUAUGUUUGCCGUGACUAAUGUGAUGAUAUAAAUGUGGAACUUAUUUUUGUGUUUUGA